CUGAGCUUCGCGGUGACUGCAGGGAAGAGCUGGAUCAGAGCAAAGAUGAAGGAUAGGCGCGGGGCUGAGCUCCUUGUCCUGAACGAUUUGGUGGAACCCGGAGUGAUGCACCGAGCGCCAUACCCCGCAGCCUGAGAAGGGAGAAACAAACCACGCGGCCGUGCGGGGGAUGCGGAGGCGCUUGAUCCAAGGGAAAAAAGAAGCCCUCAAGGUGCGUUUGCUUCUGCCGGUCAUUGUUGCUCCAUGGGAUUUCUUCCUCCCCUCGCGACUGACCUGAUGUGGACCAAAGCGUUUCUAACAUGAACUUUCUCUCUGGGAUCUGGUGGUCUCUUCCUCUGGUCUUGGUCUGGGCGACCCCACCAGUCACCUCCUCAUGGUGGUACAUGGGGGCCGUGGGCUCGUCGCGGGUGAUGUGCGACAACGUACCGGGCCUGGUGAGCCGGCAGCGGCAGCUGUGUCGACGGCACCCUGAGGCCAUGCUUUCCAUCGGCCGCGGAGUGGCUGCCUGGACGGCCGAGUGCCAGCAUCAAUUUCGCCGGCACCGCUGGGACUGCAACGCCCUGGAGCGGGGACAACGCCUUCUCGGCCGCGUCGUGUCACGCAGUAGUCGGGAAUCUGCUUUUGUACAUGCUAUCUCCUCUGCUGGAGUUGUUUUUGCCAUCACCAGGGCAUGUAGCCAAGGGGAGCUGAAGUCCUGCUCCUGUGAUCCCAAGAGGAAAGGCUCUGCCAAGGACGGCAAGGGCCAUUUUGACUGGGGUGGCUGCAGCGAUAACAUUGACUAUGGCAUUAAAUUUGCCAGAGCCUUUGUGGAUGCCAAAGAACGGAAAGGAAAAGAUGCAAGAGCACUGAUGAACCUUCACAACAACAGAGCUGGAAGGAAGGCUGUGAAGAGGUUUUUGAAACAGGAGUGCAAAUGUCACGGUGUGAGUGGAUCAUGCACUCUAAGGACCUGUUGGCUGGCCAUGGCAGACUUCAGGAGAACAGGAGAUUAUCUGUGGAAGAAAUACAAUGGAGCAAUUCAGGUGGUCAUGAAUCAAGAUGGCACAGGUUUCACUGUGGCUAAUAAGAGAUUUAAGAAGCCAACUAAGAAUGACCUGGUAUACUUUGAAAGCUCUCCAGACUACUGUAUCAGGGACAGGGAUGUAGGGUCCCUUGGGACAGCUGGCCGGGUUUGCAACCACACCUCCCGUGGCAUGGACAGCUGUGAAGUCAUGUGCUGUGGGAGAGGCUACGACACCUCCCGCGUCAGCAGAAUGACAAAAUGCGAGUGCAAGUUCCACUGGUGCUGUGCUGUGCGCUGCCAGGACUGCCUGGAAGUGGUAGAUAUUCACACCUGCAAAGCGCCAAAGAACACUGGCUGGAUCUCUCGGACAUGA